AUGACAUUGGCUGAGAAGUUACAGGGCAUUUCGAUAAGCAAAGAAAAGAUCGAAGAAAUCGAUAGCAAGCCGGCGUUGAAGAAGAACAUCGAAUCAGUGAUAGCAUCUGGCAACACAUUCACCAAAAUGCAGUACUCAUUGGCCUGUACAGCACCAAAGGGAACAGACCUGAAAACAAUUUCUGAUGUGAUUGAAACAGGCGUAGUGAAAAAUGACUCUCUUUUAAAGGGUGUCUACGAGUUGAAGAAUAAGACGAAGGAAGAGAUCAUUGAGUGGUGCAAGGGACACACUUACGAUGAGAAUGAGAUAAGAAGCUUCAUAAGACGACUGAAGGAGAAGGAGAUGUCAAAAGUGGACAUAAAGAGGGAAUUGAAGAAGAAGUAUCCCAGAUUUGAUACAAGAAUCUUCCUGGACGAAAUCAAGGAGUAUGGCACUGACUUGCCACUUAGAAAGUACGAAAAGAGCUGGCUGGACGAGGGACUGGUGGCCACGUUGCACCAGGCUGGGGAAAAUAAGCAGGCGAAUGAAGAGAUAAUGAAGGCGCACUUGAAGAGAACAGAAGGAAAGGUGGUUACGAGAUUCCCACCAGAACCAAAUGGAUGCCUGCACAUUGGCCACGCUAAGGCACUCAACUUGUCAUUUGAGUACGCCAAUAAGUACGAUGGAAUAACGUACCUGAGAUUUGACGACACGAAUCCGAAGAACGAGGCAGAUGAGCUGUACGACGGAAUCAUCGAGGACGUGAAGUGGCUUGGAUUCAAACCGUACAAGAUCACUGCGUCUAGCGACCACUUUGAGGCGAUGUUCGACAUGUGUCGUAAGCUCAUUCAGAAAGACAGGGGCUACGUCUGUUUCUGCACAGUGGAUGACAUCAGAACCAGAAGACAGAACUACCAGGCUGAGAGAGACGCAGGGAACGCGGAUCCAACGAUUCUGAGCCCGUACCGAAACUGCUCCAUUGAGGAGAAUGCGAUGAAUUUCGAGAAGAUGCUCAGGGGCCAGUUCAGAGACGGCGAGGCCGUGUUCAGGUUCAAAAUGCCACUCGAUUCAAAGAAUCCGCUAAUGCUGGAUUUGAUAGGAGCACGAAUCAUAGACAUGGUACACGACAGAAAGAAGAGAAACUACAUCGUCUAUCCGUCCUAUGAGUUUGCGUUGUGUGUCUGUGACUCACUUGAAGACGUAACACACUCAUUCUGCUCUCGUGAGUUCUAUACGAGACAGGAGCCGUACCAUUGGCUUCUACAGGAGUUGGAGAUGUACGAACCAGUGCAAUGGGAGUUCAGCAGACUCAACGUGUCCAAUACGGUGCUAAGCAAAAGGAAACUGUCUAAAAUUGUGGAACAAGGGGUUGGAUGGGAUGAUCCAAGGCUGUUUACGAUCAAGGGAAUGAGAAGAAGGGGAUUUCCAGCAGCAGCCAUCAACGAGUUCACUCAGUCUGUUGGAAUCACGUUCUCAGAGACGAUCGUCGAUGUGAAGAUUCUCGAGAGCUUCGUGGCCAGGAAGCUCUUUGCAACUGCUCCAAGGGCAUUUUGUCUAAUUGAUCCAUUGAAGGUGCACAUUAAUAAAAGAGUGAAGGGAACAAUAGCAGGAGAGGAGUACGACGUAAACAAGGUGGUUUACAUCAGCAGAGACGACUUCAAGGAGUCGGAAGACGAGGACUUUCACAGGCUCACGCCCACAAAUCCAAUGGGCCUGGUCAAUUUGGGCGUGUUGAAGUACACGGGAAAGGAGUCAGACGGAAUCAGGUGCGAGUUGCUUCCAAUUGAGGAAUUGAAGCCAAAGAAGUUUGUGCAGUGGUUACCUGAUUUGAGCAACAAGGUUGAACUCAGAAUGUAUGGACCACUAUUCAAGUCAUUUAAUCCAAUUGAUGCUGGAUUUAUGAAGGAUGCCGAUUUGGAUGGAUCACUGCGAGUGGUAGACGGAUUCGUCGAUAACUCCGUGAUGAAGUCGCACGUCGAAGACAAGUUCCAGUUCAUCAGAAUCGGCUACUUCUGUGUCGAUCCAGACAGUGUCAUGAAACCAAAGGAGACAAAGAUUGUUCUAAAUCUGACUUUGGAGUUGAAUAAAAGUCAUUGA